CCCAGUUUAGGCAGCGGAAAGCACAGUCUGAUGGCCAGAAUGUAUCCAAGAAGCAGAAAAAAAAGAAAAAGGCAUCAAACACCAAAGAUGAAGAAUCAAUGCAAGAUAGUCCUGAUAUUGACCAAUCACGAGGUGAUGAAACAUCCAUGUACAUUGGUCAAAGAGGAGCAGCUGCUACUGCUGACUUCAAUAUAAUAAGGACUUUACAAAGUGGAGAAAUUGUCAAAGAUGACCAGACAUAUAAUAUUGAACCAGAAAGUGAAAUUUCUACUACGGUUGAAGAUUAUAGUUCGGAGGUAAAUGGUUGCAGUUUUGUGACGAGAACAUCUAUACCUGCAGAUUUAAUCAGGGAAGAAGAAUUUGGAGUUGGAGAUAUUUAUUCUGAGCAUGGAAUGCGGCACACUGAAACACGGCUAGAGAUGAUGGAAAAUGAAUUGGCUGGGAAACAGCAAGAGAUUGAAGAACUAAACAGAGAGCUAGAAGAAAUGAGGGCAGCAUAUGGUACAGAAGGUUUGCAACAGCUGCAAGAGUUUGAAGCUGCUAUCAAAAAAAGAGAUGACAUUAUCACCCAGCUUACUACUAAUCUACAGCAAGCACGGAAAGAGAAGGAUGAAACUAUGAGGGAAUUUUUAGAGCUUACUGAACAAAGCCAGAAAUUGCAAAUUCAGUUUCAGCAUUUACAAGCAAGUGAAACCCUAAGGAACACCAGCCAUAGCUGUACAGCUGCUGACCUAUUGCAAGCUAAACAACAGAUCCUUACACAUCAGCAACAGCUGGAAGAACAAGAAUAUCUACUGAAAAAUUACCAAAAAAAGAAUGAAGAAUCUGAAGCUCACAUUACACUUCUGCAAGAUAGAAUUGCAAUAUAUGAAAUGGAAAAAAACAAAAGUGGAGAAUAUUCCAAUAAGAAGCUACAAGAAAAAGAAACAUUAAUUGAAGGUCUGGAAGCAAAAAUUUCAGAAGGAGAAAGAAAUGCAGUUCACUUAAGUGAAAAAUUAUCAAAUGCCAAUAAAUUAAUUGAAGAAUUAAAAGAACAGAUUAUACAAAAGAACCAAGAAGUAAAUAAUGUGAGAUUGGAACUGAGUAACUGCAAACAAAAAGAAAGACAAUGCUCUGAUGAAAUAAAACAGUUAAUGGGCACUGUGGAAGAAUUGCAGAAGCGAUGCCAUAAAGACAGCCAAUUUGAAACUGACAUUGUACAAAGAAUGGAAUUAGAAACACAAAGGAGACUGGCACAACUUCAGGCAGAAUUAGAUGAGAUGCAUGGGCAGCAGCUUGUACAAAUGAAGCAAGAAUUAAUUAAGCAACAUGCAUUAGAAAUUGACAAGCUUCUUUCCCAGCAAAAAGCUGAGAUGGAGAAAACCUUAAACGUUUGUUCAAGUGAUAAUAUUCAUGAAGAUCAAAUAUAUUUAAUGAAUAUUACAAUUAAUGACUUGAAUGUGAAAUUACAAGAUGCUAACCAUCAGAGGGAAAAAGUAAAGCAAGAUUUGUCACAACAGCUGGAAGCAAUUUCAGCAGAAAAAUCUCUUCAACAAACACAAAUUGAAGAUCUUUUUCAAGAACUGAGCUUUGCGCGGGAGCAAACUCAAAGAGCUAAACAGACCAUAACUUCUAUGGAAUGCAGAUUAAAUGAAGCAGACAAAUACCAGGUUGUGAUUGAAGAUCUGAAAGCUCAGCUUGGUUCUGAAAUUGAGUUCCGGAAAGAAUUAGAAAUAAAACAUGAAGCAGAAGUCACAAAUUAUAAAAUAAAACUUGAAAUGCUAGAGAGGGAGAAGGAUGCAGUUUUGGACAGGAUGGCUGAAUCUCAGGAGGCUGAAUUAGAGAGACUAAGGACACAGCUUUUGUUUAGUCAUGAAGAAGAACUGUCCAAACUUAAAGAAGAUUUACAGGAAGAACACAGAGUAAACAUUGAAAACCUUAAAGAUAGCCUGACUGCCCACUAUAAACAACAAUUAGAUGCGGUACAAAAUGAAAUGAGUCAAAAGAUAGAAGCCGUGCAAUUUGAAAAGGACAACUUAAUAACAAAGCAAAAUCAGCUAAUAUUAGAGAUUUCAAAACUGAAAGAUUUACAGCAGUCUCUUGUAAACUCCAAGUCAGAAGAAAUGACUCUUCAAAUCCACGAACUCCAAAAGGAGAUUGAAGUUCUUAGGCAAGAAAAAAAAGAAAAGGGUACACUUGAACAAGAAGUUCAAGAAUUACAACUUAAAACUGAACUGCUAGAGAAACAAAUGAGAGAGAGAGAAGAUUGCCUUCAAGAAAAAUGUGCAGAACUUGAAACACAGAAUAGCCACCUUAAAGAUGAAAAUAAAGUCCUAGAAGAUAAGUUAAAGCACACCUCGCUAAGCUCAGAAGAAAAUACGAUGUUCAAAGACAAUGUUAGUUGUAAAUCAGAAAACCUGGACUUAGAAAAAAGAAUAGAAAAACUGAUUGCUGAAAAUGAGCAGCUUACAAAACAGGGCAUCCAACUCGAGGAGGAAAUUGAAAGGCAAAAAAAUACUAUUUUAUUUGCUGAGAAAAAAUUUGACAUUAACUACCAAGAGCUCCAGAAAGAAUAUGCUUGUCUACUAAAGGUAAAAACUGAUUUAGAAGACAGCAAGAAUAAACAGGAAGUUGAAUAUAAAUCCAAACUCAAGGCUCUGACGGAAGAGCUUCAGAAUAUACAAAGCAAUAAACAGAUUAUAUUGAAAACUAAAAGCUCAGCCUCUGAAGGCACUAGAGACAACAAGUUAUGCAAAGCAGAAACUUUUGAAGUUGGAGAAGUUAUUGAGAAAGAUACAACAGAACUCAUGGAAAAGCUUGAGGUUACCCAGCGUGAGAAACUAGAACUGUCUUUAAGACUUUCAGAUCUUUCUGAACAGUUAAAGUCCAAGCAUAGUGAAAUUUGUCAGUUAAGUGAAGAAGUUAAAUCUUUAAAACAAGAAAAAGAGCAAGUUUUAUCAAGAUGUAAAGAAUUAGAAAUCAUAAUUAUUAAUAACCAGACCGAUAUUAACAUUGAACAUAAAAUAAAACACUCCAAAGAAAAAGCUCAAUCAAAUGCCACCCUAGCUACUGAAACUACAACUCUGAUAUCUGAUCCAAGCAAUGAAUUUGCUGAGGAAAUAAAACUAAGAGAAGGCAGCGUGAAUUUGGGUAAAGAUUCCGGUCAUUGUGUAACAACAGAGGAGUCAAUUCAGCAAAUACUGAAUCCAGAACAGCAGUCACUGUUAGAUCAUUUGCACCAGAUGACUGGCAGAUUAGCAGGAGAAACAUCGCUAAUGUCUAUUACUCAGAGUGAAAAUAAUCAGCUUCAGCAGCAGCUGGAUAUUUUAAAAUCUGAACAGACUGAUUUACAGCUACAAAUGGAAGCCCAGCGCAUUUGUCUCUCUCUGGUUUAUUCAGCUCAUGUAGACCAAGUUCGUGAGUAUUUGCAAGUUGAAAAAGAGAGCGCACUCUGCAGCCUUAAAGAGGAGCUUGUCUAUAAUCAUGCACAGGAGAUGAAUGAGCUUAAGAAAGCACAUCAGUUGGAGCUCCAGACCUUGAAAGAUCAGCAAACAGAUGAGGAAAUUAGAUCUGCAGCAAUGCUUACAGAAAAGUUCAGCAAAGCAAUAUCUGAGGAAUGUUCUCGGCUUACACAGUCUUUGUGCAGUGUUCAGAGUGAGCAGUACUCAACUGCUGUUGAAGUUAGUGAUGGAGAACAAGAAAUAUCACAUGCUGCUUUUACAGAGAAAGAGAAAUCUAACCUUGCAUUGCCGGUACAGAGAGUUCAAGCUCAAGCCUUGCAAGAAAAUAUGCAAACUCUUCUGAACAAGAUAAGGGAAGAGUGCAACAGGAUGAUGGCACUUCAUACACAGUUUAUGAGUGACUGCAAAAAGGUCAGAGAAAAUCAAGUGUCAUAUGGUGAGUUUGAGCCUAGAAAAGAUGAUGAUGAAAUUUGUUCUCUACAGAUGAAAAUAGAAUGCUUACAAACUCCUUCACAGGACUUUGAUGUCAUGGUUAGAGAAUCCCAUUGGGAGGAGAUGGAGAACCAUAAGAGACAACUUGAAAAACAACAUGCUCAAGAACUAGAGCACCUCCGGUCCUAUUUCCAGCAGCAGUUGAAAGAAACUGAAGAGAGAUACACAACUGAGAUCAUUCAUUUACAAAACAGACUUCAGAAUAACAGUGGCUCUUCUGAACACUUCAGUAUACCUGCAGACUCACAGGUAAACAUUAAAGAGGUCAUGCCGAAAAUGAAACACACUGAAAAUGUUUCUCAACAAAGUACAGAUGAGGCAGUAGAGUUUCCUAGUGAAAUAGAAGUAAAAAAUGAAAUGAAUAUUAUUCAGUUAUUGGAAAAACAGUACCAAGAACGAUUAGAACAAGAAAUGGCUAAGGUUAUCGUGCAAAUGAGUGUAGCGUUUGCCCAACAGACCGAACUGGCAAGAAUGGCUAGACAGAAAGAAGUAAGUCUGUCAGUAGCACAAACAGAAAUUGUUCAUCAAGAGGAAAGGCCUUUUGAAAUUAUGCAGAAAUGCAGUGAAGAAGAGUUAGACAUCCAUCUUGCCAAAGAAAAGAAAAAAGACAUUAAACAUGAAGAACUGAAACCACUUAGCAAGGAACUCUGUGAAGAGUCCAGUGAUAUUCCUUCUCUUGGAGAACAGUUUAAAUCAACUGCUGGGCCUGGUUACACGCUGGGACCAAGCAAGCAGGAAAUGAAAUUAUCAGUUGAGUCUUCCUCCCAACACACAGAAUUUGAGCUGAAGGAAAUACUACAAAAUAAUAGUAUGCUGGCGUCCAGCACAGAAACCUCAAGUCAACUGUUGUUGUAUGAAGAACGUUUGGAAGACAUGCGACAGGAACUUGUGCGACAGUAUCAGGAACAUCAGCAGGCAACAGAAACAGUGAGACAGGGGCAUAUGCAACAAAUGGAGCGGGAAAAAGAAAAUCAAGAACAGCUCUUAGCGGAGAUUGAAAGACUUAAAAUGCAAUUAGCGGAGAGUGAUUCAGUGGAGAAUGACAGCUUGGUUACGGAGAGAGAGAGAAUGCUUUUAGAGGAACUGGAAUCAUUAAAGAAGCAUUCUGUACCUGGACGGGAGAGGUUGUAUUGUGAGCUACGUAACAGCAGUACGCAAACACAGAGUGAAAAAGAAAAUCAAAAUGAAUCAAAAGAGGCCAUCUUAGAGGAUGAAGAAGGAAGAGAGAACCCUGAAGAAACAUCUUCAGCAAUUCUUUCUGAAGAAAGGCAUGCUCUACAGAAUGCUAACAACGGACUCUUGAGGAUUCUGUUAGAAGUUGUGAAGACAACGGUUGCUGUAGAAGAAACAAUUGGUCAUCAUGUUCUUGGAUUACUGGAUAGAGCUGGAAAAGGCCAGCCAUCCUCUAAGAUUGUAGCAUGGGAAAGUAAGACAGAAGAGUCAAUAAAACCAUGUGUCCGUGUGGGAUAUGAAAAAGAAGAACCAUCUUCCUCAUAUCACACUAGUCAUCUAGGAGGUGAUGAUGUUAGCAUAUGGUCAGGAGCACCUGAUGAAGGACUUGAGCUGACUCAGCAUCUCAAAGAAAGCAGCUUUGCUGGACUGGAAAUGGACCCUGAAAAGGAGGAACUGAUUCUAAAUAUUAGUUCUCGACUGCAGGCUGCUGUUGAAAAACUUCUGGAAGCCAUCAGUGACACCAGCAGUCAGCUUGAACAUGCUAAAGUUACACAGACAGAACUCAUGCAAGAGUCCUUCAAAAGGCAGCAGGAGGCUACUGAAUUUCUCAAAUGUCAAGAGGAACUGCAAGAGCGACUCAGUGAAGAGACCAAAGCCAGAGAGCAGUUGGCAUUGGAGCUAAGUAAAGCUGAGUGUCUUAUUGAUGGUUAUGCAGACGAAAAAGCAUUUCUGGAAAAACUUAUCCAGGAAAAAAUAGAUGUAAUAGACCAUCUUGAGCAAGAGCUGCUCUGUACAGGUAACAAAUUGCAGGAACUAGAGGCUGAGCGACAGCAGAUUCAGGAGGAAAAGGAGUUACUCUGCAGACAAAAGGAUGCCAUGAAAGCAAGUGCAGGAUCUGCGGAACAACAAUUACUGGAGGAGACAGAAAAACUAAUGAAGGAAAAAAUAGAAGUACAGCGUCAAGCUGAAAAAGAAUAUGGUGACCUUCAGAAGCAAGUUAAGGCUUUGGAAACAGACUUGGAGGAACAAGUUAACCGUUUUAUAGAGAUAGAACAAGAAAAAAAUGCAGAAUUAAUGGAUCUAAGACAACAAAACCAGGCUUUGGAGAAGCAGCUUGAGAAAACAAGAAAAUUUCUAGAUGAGCAGGCAAUUGAUAGAGAACAUGAGAGAGAUGUGUUCCAACAAGAGAUAGAGAAACUGGAGCAACAGCUUAAGAUUCCACAAAGAUUUCAGCCCAUCAGUGAGCAUCAAACCAGAGAGGUUGAACAGUUAACAAACCAUCUAAAAGAAAAGACAGACAAAUGUAGUGAACUUUUACUCUCUAAGGAGCAACUUCAGAGAGAUGUACAAGAACGGAAUGAAGAAAUUGAGAAACUUGAAUGCAGAAUAAGAGAACUGGAACAAGCCUUAAUUAUCAGUGCAGACAAACUGCAAAAGGUUGAGGAAAGGAAGCAGUUUGGAGCUGCCAAAGUAAAAGGAGAAUUGCCCCUUGAAGUACAGCUGCAGGCUGAACAAGAAGCUGUUGACAGAAAGGAAAAAGAGAUCACAAACCUUGAAGAACAACUGGAACAGUUUCGAGAGGAAUUAGAAAACAAAAAUGAAGAAGUUCAGCAGUUGCACAUGCAAUUAGAAAUCCAGAGAAAGGAAUCCACUACACGGUUGCAAGAACUUGAGCAAGAGAAUAAAUUAUUUAAGGAUGAAAUGGAAAGAUUGGGACUAGCUAUCCAGAAAUCUGAAAAUACAUCCAUUAAAGAUCAUCAUCUAGGUGCUGGGAAACUUGUUCAAUUUGUGCAGGAAAAGGAGCAGAAAAUAGAUCAUCUUAAUGAACACAUUUCAGAGCUACAAGAACAACUUGAAAACACAACAGAUAACAAAGUAAUUGAAGAAAAAAAUGAGCAUAUAAGGGAGCUUGAAGGCCAGAUAGAGUAUCUAAAAAGUGAUCAAGAACGUAUCAAGAAAAAGAGUGAAGAUGAAAUAGACCAGUUGAAUGAAGUUAUUGAAAAACUUCAGCAGGAAUUGGCAAAUAUUGAACAAAAGGUACCUGUAGACUUUGCUUCCUUUCAGGAGGAUACAGAAAGUCUGAAAUACCAGCUUGAUACACUAUUGGCAGAAAAAGCUGCUUUGGAGAUGCAAGUGGAAAAUAAUAGUGCAGAAGCCUCUCGUACAAAGGAUGAGCUUGAGGAAAACAGAUUAAAAAUGAAUCAGUUGAAGCAAGAAAUAAAUACAUUAAAGAGGGAACAUGAGAAGGUAACAGAGAAAUAUAAAUUUAUACUGAUGAAAAUUGAUAAGGCACAAGUAGAGGACAGAGGUGAAGAUAAAAGUGAAAAAUUGGAAGAAGGCCAAAGUGAAAGAACACAAGAAUUGUUAGAAAAUGAAAUGCAACUUAAGGUUGUUGAAGAAAGGGUCAUAAUCAGUAAUCUGGAGGCAAGGCUGCAGCAGUAUCAGGCCACUGUUAAAGAAAAGGAUUCAGAACUGUGCUGCUGUUACAACCAAAUAGAGAAGCUGAAAGAACAAGCCCAGGCUGAAACAGAAGUGCUUAAAAAGAAAAUCCAGGAAAUGAAAGAAAUGCUGGAGGAAAAGUUAGCUGCUGCUCUUGUCAGUCAAGCUCAACUAAAUGCAGUUCAGGAACAUAGUAAAUUCAUGCAAGAAAUUCAGACAGUUUCAAAGGGUGUCAAAGAAUCAAACAGAAGUACACAAACAGAAAAUUUCAAUGGUAUAGCUGAAGAAGAAACAGAAUCAAAAUUAUCAGUAUUAACAGAGAGACUGUCAGAGAUGGAGAACAAGCUGGCAAAGAUGCAAAAUAGCCUGGAAUUAGAAAAAGAAAAUGUAGAAGUUUCACAGAAAGAAGCUAAAGAAAAAGAAAAGAGACUGUUAGAACUUCAGCAGUUAGUAGAAGAGAUUAAAAACAAACACAAAGACGAGAUUCAAGAGAGCCCUAAGCAGGCAGAGGUGCAAACAUCUGAGGGAGUCUCAGAGCUCACUUACGGUCAAGAAGGAAGUGUGUUCAUUGAUGGCCUUGAACUAGAGAAAAUCAAAGCAGAGUCAACUGCUGCUAAGGAAGAACUGAGCAGUUACAGAGGAAAAGUAGAAAAACUUCAAGAGGAAUUAGUGGUGAGAGAAGAAAGUGUGGCCCAUUUGCAAGAAGAACUACACCGAGUCAAGGACAACCUAGUUCAAACUGAAAAAAAGCUUGCCAAUUAUGUGAGAAAGGAAAAGGAAAUAGCAGGACUUGCAAGCAGAAAGGUUGUUGACAAAUCAGACAGUGUUUCUACUAAAAAGCCUGCUCAAAUCAGAAAAAGCUCAUCUCGUACUGACAAAACUAGGCAAAUCAAUAGCUGGAGCCAAACUUCACAGGUCCUUGUUAAAGAUGCAGAAAUCCAAAUUGAUUUACCUAGUGGAUGUUCCUCUGAGGAAGUUGCAGAGAUCAUAAGAGAGUUUACUGAGAAAAUUGACCAAAUGCAAGAGCUCCAUGCUGCUGAAAUCAUGGACAUGGAAACUAGGCAUAUUUCUGAAGCUGAAGCCUUGAAAAGAGAACAAUUUGUUGCAGUCCAGGUAUUAAUAGAUGAAUGUAAUACUUUGAAAGAAGUCAUAGAGACUCAGAGAGCUAAAGAGGAGGGGGGCUCCAUUCCUGGGUUAGUGCACUCGGCAUCUUACCAGGCCAGAGAUGGAUGCUCUAGUGACUCUAGUUCAGACUGGGGUCAAGGGAUUUAUGCUGCUCCGAGCCAGGGGUCUGACACAAUAUCAGAAGGAAUGGGAGACGAAGGUGAAGCCUCAACAGACUUACUUCCAAAGAAAAUAAAGGGUUUGCUGACAGCAGUCCAUCAUGAAGGUGUACAGGUACUCUCUCUCACAGAAUUUCCCUAUAGUGAAAGAGAGACAUCAUCUCUUAAACAAGGGCCAGAGUUAUGGCUUGAGGAAAGGAAAACUUUUCUGAGCACCAUUUCAUCUUUGAAGGAUUUAAUUACAAAAAUGCAACUGCACAGGGAAGCUGAGGUUUAUACAAGUUGUGAGUCUUCUGAAAAUGUCCCAGACUGGCGAAGUGAACUUCUGCAUGCUGUUCAGCAGGUCUUCAUAAGAGAACAAGACAUUCUUUUAGCUGCAUUUCAAACAGAACUUGCAGAAUUAGGUGCAAGGGAUGCAGUGGUAUUGAUGGGCCAGUUAGAUCACAGACUUCAAGAACAGGGUAUUGAACAAAGAGCAGCAAUGGACUCCCUUCAGAAUGCAGACAGAAGAAGUUUGCUAAUGGAAAUUCAAGUAUUACACUCCCAGAUGAACAGUAGAAAAACUAAUGCAAAGAGAGAACAAGAGAUUGAUCCAAAAAGCCAAGAAAUGCUGGAGUACAAUAUGCAGCAGAAGCAGUCACAGAUACUGGAGAUGCAAGUUGAACUUCGUAGUGUGAAAGACAGGGCAGCAGAACUUCAGGAACAGCUGAAUUCUGAAAGAAUGACAGUUGCUGAACUGAAGAAUGAACUUGCACAGGCUAAAUUAGAACUUGAAACAACUCUAAAAGCCCAGCACAAGCACUUCAGAGAUCUAGAAACCAUCAGGACUGAGGUUAAAGAAAAAGCAAAUGAAUUAGAUGUAUUAAAGGAUACAAUGGCCAAUGAACAGAAAAAAUCAAGAGAGCUACAGUGGGCUUUGGAAAAGGAAAAAGCAAAAAUGGAACGCAAUGAGGAAAGAGGAAGAGAAGAGCUUGAGGACUUGAAAUUUUCACUUGAGGAUCAAAAACAAAAGAAUGCGGAGUUAAAUAGACUUUUGGAACAGGAAAAGCAGCUUUCAAGUGACCUGCAGCAGAAAAUAGAAUCCCAGGAAGCACUGAAUAUUGCCCAGAUGUCACAUGAGCAAGGCCGUAACUGUGAGCUUCAGGUACUCCUUGAAACAGAAAAGGCCCGAGUUCUUGAAAUGAGCAGUGCCUUAGAAAAGGAGAAAGAGCUUUGUGCCCAGCUCCAGAGUGCUGAAGCUAAGGAGCAGGAGGGAAUUGCUAAUCCUUCAGACGAAUUGUUUAAAGAGCUACAAAGACAAAUGGAUGAAAAACAUGACCGUGUAGUAGAGUUAGUCAGUGAGAUGGAGAAGUAUAAACUGGAGUCUGUGCAGGUGAGACAGCAGAUGGAAAAAGAGAAACAGAUUCAGAAGAAGGCACUGCAAACAGAGCAAGAUGCUAACAUCCUAGCACAGAAGAAGAUACAUGAACUCGAGUCCAAAGUGGAAGAUCUUCAGUGGCAGCUUGGGGAGAAGAGACAACAGAUUCACAAACUACAGCAUGAAACAAAGAGAUUGCAGGAAAUAAUUCAAGAACUGCAGAAAACUGAGCAGGACAGGGAGGAAAAAGAAACAGCCAAAGGAAAAGAACAGAGUCUAAAUGAGACUACAUGUGACAUGUCAAAUGAGAGAACAAGAAAUUGGAUUCUCCAGCAGAAAAUGGAAGGAGCUGAAGCCAAUGAACCAACCUACCCUACCUUGAUGGAAACAAAAGGAGGUGACCUAGCUGUGGGUAGCAGUGUUCUGGACAACAUUAGACAAAAGCUACAAAAUAUGUCUUCGAAGCUGAAGCAGUUGGCUCACAAGGCUGCUAGGAGACUGCAGUUUGAAACAGCAGACAAUGAAGACUUCAUUGGAGUUCAAAAUACUGUUGAAGAUGUUCUCUUGCAGUUGCAGAACUUACCUGGAUUGCCCCAGUUACAUGAGCUAAAGUUACUGUUACCACCAGGAUCCUCCUCUAGGUCAUUUACUGAGGGGCUGCUGAGACAGAAUGCUGAGCUGACAGGGUUUGUCAGCAGACUGAGUGAGGAAAAGAACAAUCUGAGGAAUGCUGUCAUAAAAUUGGAGGAGAAAGUCAGACAACAUCAGCAGAGAGGACCUUGCGGAGAUUAUUCUUCUAGACGUGUGCUGGACAAUGGAACUAAUAUUGACACACUCACUGCUUCUGAAAGAGAGAUUUGGAACAGAGAAAAGCUGUCGCUGCAGAAAUCCUUGAAACAAGCUGAUGCAGAGCUGUCCAAACUGAGAGCAGAACUCAGGAAUGAAGCUUUUCUGAGAGAACUGGGAUCGGAGUCUGAAAAUGCCGUUUUAAAAAGAAUUUAUGGAAAAUACCUGAGAGCAGAGAGCUUUCGGAAAGCACUCAUAUACCAGAAAAAAUACUUGCUGCUGUUACUAGGUGGAUUCCAGGAAUGUGAAGAAGCCACCCUGGCCCUCAUUGCAAGAAUGGGUGGGCAACCUUCCUAUACUGAUGUAGAAGUGAUUACACGUCAUUCAAAGGGUUUUACCAGAUUUCGUUCUGCAGUCAGAGUGUCCAUUGCAAUUUCAAGAAUGAAGUUCCUGGUUCACCGGUGGCACCGGGUUACAGGUUUCAGCUUCAUAAGUAUCAACAGGGAUGGCUUUAGCCAAAACACAGGUAAUGAGCAACGGUCUGAUUCUUUCUCUGGUGGUCUUGAUCUUUAUGGAGAACAGAGACAUUCCUCUCUCAGAUCCAGAUCAGACCUGGAGUCUCCCCGAUCUCCUGUAAAUUCUCAGCAAAGGUACCAUGGCUUCCAUGCUGAUAUAAAUCCAGUUUCCCUUGCAUGCCCUCAGCUGCAAAAUUAUGAUCCUGACAGAGCUUUAACAGAUUACAUUAAUCGGCUAGAGGCACUACAGAGGCGACUUGGAAGUGUUCAGUCAGGUUCUGCUUCCUACACUCAGUUGCACUGUGGUAUGAGAAGAUAAUAACCUUUCAAUAUUUCCAUCACUGGUAGUGACAUAAAUGAAAUUGCCUUUUGUAAAUCUGUGCUCCUGUGCUUUUGUAUAAUGUGUAUAUUGUGGGACCAACAUGAACGCAGCAGUACGAUUGUAUACAGUUCCCUUGCUGGCACAUCCACGCAGACUGGAAUUUCUGUAUCUAGGUACCUGGUGUUCAUUCAAAAAAAGAUCAAUCAUUAAUUUUACAUGUAUAUUUGUGGAAUGCUAAUUUAAAUGAUUAACUUAUGAAAAAAGUGUGUAUUUAUCGAGCGGGUGCAAGUAUGAAACUUAAGCAUUAGUGAGAUUGCAGAGUGUAGCUCAAAGUGCACUGCACUGUUUUUCUGGUAAGGCUACUGAAUUAACAUGACUCUCUUCUAAUAUAUUUGCUAUUGGCAGUGCAGGCAAAAUAUCACUUGUAGAGACCUAUUUUUGUAAUGGUAGAAGUUUUGAAUUUUAUGGGUAUUUUGUCAAAGUACUGAAAUAAAAGAUGACUUCAUCCUUUUAAA